AAAGGGAGAGAGGCCAAGCUCUUCCUCUCCGUUGAAGCGGUGUGUGGAAGAAGAAAACAUGUUAGGGUUUACAACUGCCCUCUUCCACCCUCCAAUUCCAUUUUCAGUUCGAUCAGAUCCGCCAACCACACCAAUUUUAUCCUUUAAAGCAACAGCGAAUUCCAUUUACCCUUACUUUCAUGUCCCCAGAAAAUUGGUGGUGAAAGCAGAGAAGGGGAACGGAAAGGAGGGAGAAGAAGAGAAAAGGUCAGAAAAUGGGGGAGGGGAGGACUUGAAGAAGGAUAAAGGACCCAUACUGAAUGUGAAGUGGAGGGAUCUGCUAGACCCAAACCCAGAGAACAUAUUGGCCAUUGGAUUGAGUGGGGUGUUGACAUGGGCGAGUGUUCAGGUGCUGUGGCAGCUCUUCUUCAUCUCUUUCACCAUUCUCGUAGCUGCUCUCAAGUACUCCUUCAUUGCCGCUCUUCUUAUAUUCAUCCUCAUUACCCUUCUUUGAAUUCUUGUCGUUCUAUUUUGAAUUUAUUUCAAGAAAUUGUAUAUUGGCUCUGUUUAUCUGUAUCUAACAUUUGCAUUCAGUCUGUGACCGAGAGUUCUUUCC